CAGAUAAUACUUGGAACAUGACAGUGGCGGUCUGUCAUUAACAGCACGUGCUCUUUGUUGAUUUUAUUGGGAGGGUAUUAUCCUAAUCCGUUGAGUGCACGUACACGAGUAGUUGUGAAUGGAUCGUACUGUCCUUUCUAUGUAGUGAAGAUGUUUCUGUAUCUUGCUGCAGGAGUUUGUGUGUUGCUGAUUUUGUUAGUUCCUCGCAUCAGGAAAUUUGCUGCAGGUGGAGUGUGCGUAUCUACUGCAAGAUUAGAUGGAAAGACUGUAAUAAUUACUGGAGCCAACACUGGUAUUGGGAAGGAGACUGCACGGGAUCUUGCAAAAAGAGGUGCUCGAAUUAUUAUAGCAUGCAGGGAUGUAAUUAAAGGGGAAAUUGCUGCCCAGGAGGUCAUUGCAGAAACUGGAAAUAAACAAGUUAUUGUCAGAAAAUUAGACCUUGCUGAUUCCAGUUCAGUUAAGCAGUUUGCAGAAAAGAUCUUAAAAGAAGAGCAGCAUCUUCACAUACUGAUCAACAAUGCUGGGGUAAUGAUGUGUCCCUACUCCAAAACAGUGGAUGGGUUCGAGAUGCAGUUUGGGGUUAACCACCUUGGUCAUUUUCUUCUGACUUUCCUGUUACUCGACCUUAUUAAGCGUUCUGCCCCUGCCCGUAUAGUGAACGUGUCCUCUCUUGCCCAUUUGUUUGGUCGGAUAAACUUCAGUGAUCUUCAGAGUGAGAAGAACUAUGACAGUGGCCGAGCCUAUUGCCAGAGCAAACUGGCCAAUGUACUCUUCACACGUGAACUUGCCAGACGGUUGGAAGGAACAAAUGUCACCGUAAAUGUUUUGCAUCCUGGUUCUGUUCGCUCAGAGCUGACUAGACAUUCAGUUGUGCUAAGCCUUGUUUGGAAGCUUUCUCCUUUCUUUCUCAAAACACCCACAGAGGGAGCCCAGACAAGUAUAUAUUGUGCAGUGGCUGAAGAGCUGCAGUCCAUUUCUGGGAAAUAUUUCAAAGACUGUCAUCCAGCAUCUGUUGCACUCCAAGCUCAAAAUAAUGAAACUGCAGAAAGACUCUGGCACACAAGCUGCCAGCUGCUGGGAAUUCAGUGGGAAUAGAGCAUUAAAACUUGAUACAGCAAAGACUGCAGAAUACACACUAGCAAAUUGACACAAGAACUCACCAUUUAUAAUCUACGGACUGCAGCAAGCAGCAGAAGUAAUGUAACAUUCCAAAUGCAAAAUUAAGAAGCAGCAGUAGUUAAGCUGCAGAGAAAUGUACAUGGCAAUGAUAAAUAUUAUGUAAUGUGGUACAACAACUAGUUUGGAGUCUGCGUAUUAACUGAAUUUAAGUUAUGUAUAAGAGUCAAUAAUUAUUUUCUUUUGCAUUACAAAUAGUGUUAUGUAGUUAGAAAACAUGAUUUUUAAAUGAAAUGGUGAUUGCAUUGCUACAUGGUUGUAAAUUCUUGCUGAAGCUCUACAUGUCAUUAAUUUUAUAGCUUAUUAGCAAAAUUUUGAUUUGUAUACUGGAUAAAGAAGAUGGUAGAGGAACCUCAGUCAUAUGUUGGUAACGUAGAAAGUGUAUCAAAUAAAUAUCUAUUGAAAGAACAUGCCAUAAGUCUGUAAUUAAAAACAUAUACCCACCAUUAUUAA